AAGAAAGACAGUGGGAGAGAGAGAGGCAGAGAGAGAGGGAGAGGGAGAGUGACAGCAGCGCCCGCGGGGGCUCAACCCCCAGACCUCCAGAAAUGACGUCAGAAUCAUUUGCAUCCCGCUGCCUCUACCUGCCCGGUCCAGCUGGGACCCUGCCUCGCCGACCCCAUGGCCAGAGGGUUGGAGGGGCGCUGCCCGAUGACCUACACGGACUGAGACAGGAUCGCCAUGAAUGGAGACCUCUGGAAAAGCUCAGGAGCAGAGGCCCAAGAAAUUAAUGAUCAUGAGCUCGUAUUUGAUGGACUCUAACUACAUCGAUCCGAAAUUUCCUCCAUGCGAAGAAUAUUCGCAAAAUAGCUACAUCCCUGAACACAGUCCGGAAUAUUACGGCCGGACCAGGGAAUCGGGAUUCCAGCAUCACCACCAGGAGCUGUACCCACCACCGCCUCCGCGCCCUAGCUACCCUGAACGCCAGUAUAGCUGCACCAGUCUCCAGGGGCCGGGCAAUUCGCGAGGCCACGGGCCGGCCCAGGCGGGCCACCACCACCCCGAGAAAUCACAGCCGCUCUGCGAGCCGGCGCCUCUCUCAGGCGCCUCUGCCUCCCCGUCCCCAGCCCCGCCAGCCUGCAGCCAGCCAGCCCCUGACCAUCCCUCCAGCGCCGCCAGCAAGCAACCCAUAGUCUACCCAUGGAUGAAAAAAAUCCACGUUAGCACGGUGAACCCCAAUUAUAACGGAGGGGAACCCAAGCGCUCGAGGACAGCCUACACCCGGCAGCAAGUCCUGGAAUUAGAGAAGGAGUUUCAUUACAAUCGCUACCUGACCCGAAGGAGAAGGAUCGAGAUCGCCCACUCGCUGUGCCUCUCUGAGAGGCAGAUCAAAAUCUGGUUCCAAAACCGUCGCAUGAAAUGGAAGAAGGACCACCGACUCCCCAACACCAAAGUCAGGUCAGCGCCCCCGGCCGGCGCUGCGCCCAGCACCCUCUCGGCAGCCACCCCGGGCACUUCUGAAGACCACUCCCAGAGCGCCACGCCGCCGGAGCAGCAACGGGCAGAGGAUAUUACCAGGUUAUAAAACAUAACUCACACCCUGCCCCCACCCCAGGCCCCCGUCCUCCCCUCACACACAAAUUGACUCUUAUUUAUAGAAUUUAAUAUAUAUAUAUAUAUUUUGGUUCUUUUCUCUCUUCCUCCCACCUUAUCCCUUGUCAAUUCCAAACAGACAAAACAGAUAAACAAACAAGCCCCCUGCCCUUCUCUCUUUUCCACUGUUAAGGACCCUUUUAAGCAUGUGAUAUUGUCUUAGCAUGGUACCUGCUGGGGUUUUUUUUUUAAAGGCCAUUUUGGGGGGGUUAUUUAUUUUUUAAGGAAAAAAAGCUGCAAAAAUUAUAUAUUGCAAGGUGUGAUGGUCUGGUUUGGGUGCAUUUCAGGGGAAAUGAGGAAAAGAAAAAAGGAAAGAGAUUUUAAGCCAAUUCUCAUCUUUCUUCUCCUCCUGCUCCUUCCCCCCUCUUUCCUUAGGCCUUUUGCAUUGAAAAUGCUCCAGGGGAGGUUAGUGAGGGGGAAGUCAUUUUAAGGAGAACAAAGCUAUGAAGUUCUUUUGUAUUAUUGUUGGGGGGAGCUGGGAGGAGAGUGGGGAAGACAGCAGACAAAGCUAAAUGCAUCUGGAGAGCCUCUCAGAGCUGUUCAGUUUGAGGAGCCAAAAGAAAAUAAAGAUGAACUUUCAGCUCAGAAAGGGAGUCUAUAGGUAGAAUACCCUCUCCCCUCAUCGUGGUUAUUGUGUUUUUGGACUGAAUUUACUUGAUUAUUGUAAAACUUGCAAUAAAGAAUUUUAGUGUCGAUGUGAAAUGCCCCGUGAUCAAUAAUAAACCAGUGGAUGUGAAUUAGUUUUA